CCUAAUUCCACAGAAAGAGUUUAGUAGUGCCUUCCCUGCUAUCCUCAGAGUUCGAAAGCUUAUACGCCGUCGUUCGUCCCCUCCACUCUCAGUAUCAGUGACUCAAAAUUAGAAAAAGAAAUCAUGGCUUAUGCGGCAGUGAAGCCCGGUAAGGCUGGUUUGGAGGAAUCUCAGGAUCAGAUUAACCGCAUUAGGAUCACCCUCACCUCAAAGAAUGUCAAGAAUCUAGAGAAAGUGUGUGGUGAUCUUGUUCGUGGUGCCAAGGACAAGAGUUUGAGAGUGAAGGGACCAGUGAGGAUACCCACUAAAGUUCUUAAAAUCACUACUAGAAAGUCUCCCUGUGGCGAAGGAACCAACACAUGGGACAGGUUUGAACUCCGAGUGCAUAAGCGAGUGAUUGACCUUCACAGCUCCCCCGAAGUGGUUAAGCAGAUUACUUCCAUCACCAUUGAACCCGGUGUUGAGGUUGAGGUUACAAUAGCAGAUUGAGGCUUAAUACUGCGGAUAAUAAUUAUUCCUUUCCAUCAUUUUUGCAGUUAGCCAUGUUAAAAAUGAUACGCUUAUCUUUUCCUAGAGGUGUUCCUACUGAAAACAUUGUUGCAUAAUAGACUUGAGAAAGAUUUGUCUUUUAAUCAAUUUUCCUAUUGAAGGCUA